GGACCUUAGUAACAUGGCGGCGCCCGAGGGAGCUGCAAGCGGUUUUGAUAGUUGGUUAAAUAAUCGUUUGGAAAUGCUUGAUAUUGAUAAAGAUGUUUAUGCUUCUUAUAUUCAUGGGGUGUUGCAGGAGGAGGAUAGUGAACAAGAAAGACGAGAAGCUUUGCGGGACAUUUUAUCCGCGUUCUUGUGCAUCCAGCAAAGAAAACAGAACAGCAUUUCCAAGAUACUGCAGGUUGAUUACACAAAAAAAAAAAAAGAUUGAAAGUGGUCUAAAAAAAACUAAAACAGUAAAGGUUAACAUGAUCAAAAGUCAGUUGCUGCUUUGGAUGUCAGCAAAGAAGAAAUGUGUAGAAUGUAAUCGUUGCCUAGACCUCAACCAACAAAACUGGUUGAAAUUCUCCAACUGUCCACAAUUCAGUCAAAUUAAAUUGGACCAAUGUAUACUUCAUCACCCAAACAAAUGUCCAGCACUGAAGAUGGUAAUGCUAUGGCACUCCCCAUCUAAAUCUCUAAAGGAAGAAGACACACUAGAAGAAUUUUGCAAAGAAAUCCUCACAGAGUGGUUGAAAGAGAGGACUACAGAUGCCAAAGGCAUGAAUGAUGAAGUGGAGAAAAUUGCAAAUAUGAUUGAAAAGCAGGCUCAGAUAGUAGUCAAACAGAAGGAAACUUCAGAGGAUGAUAAACAGAGAAAAGCAGCCCUUCUUGCACAGUAUGCUAAUGUGACAGAUGAAGAGGAAUAUCCUUUUAAAAAAAAAAAAAGACAUACUGCUGACAAGAUGUUGAACCAGCAAAAUUUAGUUGCACUGUGAGGUUUGAACUGGUGA